AUGGAUAGUGGAUCUAAGCUCAUUAUUGAUAAAGAAGAUAAGGUGGAAAAAAAAGAGCAUCUCAAGAUGAAAAGUAAAGAUAAAGAAGUUGAUAACGAGAAGGAAGAGAAACCCAAACAUAAGGACGACAAGGAGAAGAAAUACAAAGAGAAGGAUAAAGCAAAGGAAUCAAAGGACAAAGAGAAGAAGAAGGAUAAAGAGUCAAAAGAUGAGGAAAAUGAGAAGAAAAAGGAUGAAGAUGAGGAGCACAAGGAGAAGGACAAGGAGAAGGAGAAGAAAAAGAAAAAGGAGAAAGAGGAGAAACACAAAGAGAAGGAUGAAACAAAGGAAUCAAAGGAGAAGGACAAAGCAAAGGAAUCAAAAAAGGACACAGAGAAGAAAAAGGAUAAAGAGUUGAAGAUUCAGCUUGUAACUGGUAAACCUUGGCAUAAUGCCUUUGCUCAGAAUAGGUAG